UCCAAAUAGCCUACCUCAUAUCCAAAAACAAUAUUAAGAAGAUUAUCUUUGCUUGAGAGUUGAGAUGUCUGCUGUACUUUGCGUGGUUUGUCCCAGAGUGAAUUCUCGUGAUCACUCUUUGCCCAGAAAUUAUUGCACACAAAGGAGGUGUAGUAGUAAUAAGUUGAGCUCUAAACCUAGUUUUUCUUCCGGGGUUUCUGCUUAUACAAGGGUAGUUGCAAACCUAUCAAGAUCCUCGGAGGAGAGGGUGUAUGAAGUGGUGCUAAAGCAAGCAGCUCUGGUGAGAGAGCAUAGGAGAGAGCGUGAAUUAGAUCUGAAAAAACCAGUUGAGAAUGAUGGUACCACUACCACUGAUUGGAAUCGUUUGAAUGAAGCUUAUGAAAGGUGUAGAGAGUUCUGUGCCGACCAUGACGACACAUUUUACUUGGGUACAUUACUCAUGAUGCCAGAAUUGCGAAGAGCUUUUUGGGCGAUUAGUGUGUGGUGCAGGAGAACUGACGAGCUUGUGGAUGGGCCUAAUGCUACAUACACCACACCCAAGGAUCUAGAAAGAUGGGAGAAGAGAUUAAAUGAUAUUUUUGAAGGUCGACCGUGUGAUGUGUAUGAUGUUGCUCUAUCUGAUACUGCAUCAAAGUACCCUAUUGAUAUACAGCCUUUCAAAGACAUGAUAGAAGGAAUGAAGUUAGACUUGACAAAAUCAAGGUACGAGAACUUCGAUGAGCUCUACCUUUACUGCUACCAUGUUGCCGGCACUGUGGGGCUUAUGAGUGUUCCAGUGAUAGGGAUAGCACCAAAAUCAAAGGCUUCAAUAGAGAGUGUUUACAAUGCUGCAUUAGCCCUUGGAAUUGCUAAUCAACUCACCAACAUACUCAGAGACGUGGGAGAAGAUGCUAUCAGAGGAAGAAUUUAUCUCCCACAAGAUGAACUAGCACAAGCUGGCCUGUCAGAUGAUGACAUAUUUUGUGGGAAAGUGACCGAUAAAUGGCGUAGUUUCAUGAAGGGCCAGAUAAAGCGAGCUAGGAUGUUCUACGAUGAAGCCGAGAAGGGGGUUUCAGAGCUCAACUUAGCUAGUCGAUGGGCAGUAUGGUCAUCGUUGUUGUUGUACCAACAGAUCUUAGAUGCCAUUGAAGCUAAUGAUUACAACAACUUCACAAAGCGGGCUUAUGUAGCGAAAGCAAAGAAAUUAAUAUCACUUCCUGUUGCCUUGGGGAGAGCACUUAAGGGACCCUCAAAGUUGGCAAGUUAGUAAUGAGAUAUGAACCUGAUACCUUGGCGUAGUUUGAAUUGGGCGUAAAUGAACUAAACAGCUCGAGUUUGAUUUGGGAAAAUAUUUAUUAUUGUUAGUUUAUUUAGCAAACAAGUUAAGUUUAAGUCCAAGUUUAUAAAUAAGUCAAGCUCAAAAAUAAUGAUGUGUUCAUGAAUAUUAUAUUUUUAUGUA